UAUGGGCUAGGUGUUGAAGUAAAAGGCUGCUCCUCGCCGUUUUAGGGUUUUAGAAGUCUCUCUUUUUGUUUCAAGCAAAACCAAAUAAUCUCUCACAAAACAAACAUGACUGCUCAAUCACAAGAAGAACUCUUAGCCGCACAUCUCCAACAACAAAAAAUUGAAUCUGAGGAGCCCAUCAUCGAGGAUGAAGAAGAUGAUGACGAUGACGACGACGAUGAUGAUGAGAAAGAUGAUGAUGAUGCUGAAGCAGAACUUGGAGAUGGAAGUGGAAGGUCAAAGCAGAGCAGGAGUGAGAAGAAGAGCCGAAAAGCUAUGCUAAAGCUAGGAAUGAAGCCAAUCCCAGGGGUCAGCCGUGUAACUGUCAAGAAGAGCAAAAAUAUUCUAUUUGUCAUCUCAAAACCAGAUGUUUUCAAGAGCCCAAAUUCAGACACAUAUGUCAUAUUUGGUGAGGCAAAGAUUGAGGACUUGAGCUCACAAUUGCAGAGUCAAGCUGCAGAGCAGUUUAAGGCUCCUAAUCUGAGCAACGUUAUAUCGAAGCCAGAGCCAUCGACUGUGGCUCAGGAUGACGAGGAUGUUGAUGAGACCGGUGUUGAGCCAAAGGAUAUUGAGUUGGUUAUGACUCAGGCAGGAGUCUCCAGAGCCAAAGCUGUCAAAGCCCUCAAGGCUGCUGAUGGUGAUAUUGUCUCCGCUAUCAUGGAGCUUACAAACUAGUGCUUUCCAAAUCUUCUGAGCAGUGCUUUCUUUGAAAAUAUUGAGGUCUCGUGACUUUUAAAAGUUUUGAGUUGCUGCUCCUUUUUAUCUGUGUGUCCUGUUCAUCUUACCGCCUGUCUGUCGUUGUAUACCAGAUUGGAUUGUUAUGUAAGAGAGAAGGUUUAAACUUAA